AUGCAGGUGUACAAUAUGCAGAAUCCCUUGAAAGACGAUAAAUCUGUUUAUUCCGAAGAACUUAAAGAACAUCUGAAGGAACAAGGCGAUACAUCUGGCAUUGCGUUCAUUGCAGUUUCCUUAGAGAGGGCUGAGAACAAGGGUUUUGGGCUUCACAUCGUCGGAGGAACAGACAGUCCUCAUAUCCCUGCAUCUAGGAGUGGAGUUUUACACGAAGGAGAUAGAGUUAUUUCGAUUAAUGGCUGUCUGCUUGAUAAUACCACACAUGACGAGGCUGUAAAUGCGUUCAGGAUAGCAGGUGAAAAGGCCGACUUAAUAGUGGAGUCUGGGGCAGAGACGCGGAUUGUGUCAGCUGUUCUACAUCGAUCAGUAAUGCCUUCAUCCAUUCUUAUCGAGCCGAACACUCUGCCAUCCUUCUCCGCUCAAAGUCCUGUGCUUACUUCCAACUUUAUUCCAUCUGAAAAGAAUCUUCAUGCAUUAGCAGAGUCGCUGAUCCCUGUCACACCUGACACCUCAAAAGACGAUGACGCAGAAUCCGUAACAUCCUACGCUCCAUCGACUCAUUCUAUCAUUGAUGAUGUUCCUCGAACACCAAAGAGACCGACAGGCCUUCUUGACUCCAAGAGUGUCAAUGUGUUGACGGAGGUUUUAUACGUCUCCAUUGGUCUUGGUGUCAUAGGUCUUGGAGCAGCAGUAGUCUACCGAUUUAUCCGUGGUCGACGAUCUUAA